GAGGUGCUGCCGGGAGUGCCGGGUAUUGUGCUGUCACAGAGCUUAUCACCAGAGGAAAAAGGCUUCGCAAGUAGUUCUCGAACUUUAAGAAAGAGAUUGGAGUGUUCUUUCCUUGGCGUUUUUCGUGUAUAUUCUCAGUUGUUUUUAAGGGAAACGAGUAGAAAUAACCCGCUCUGAGGAAACCAUGGCAAAACCAGACCCAAAACGCAGGGUGUGUUCUCGGGAGUCGUCGGUGUCUUCUCUGCUAGCGAGCUGCAGCCUGAGCGGCAGCCAUUCCUCUCAUUCUGCUGGCUGCUUUCACUACAAGGAUAAACUGUACAGCUCUGCGUCUCAGGCUCUGCAGGCCUAUAUCGACGACUUUGAUCGAAGCCGAAUGUGUCCCGGUGCAAGCCCUGGAAAAGUGAUCGUUAAUGGCGGUUCUACCAACAGGCCGCAAUUCUCCAACUAUAUUUAUAAGCCAAACAGUGCUUUUGAAAAUCCUGAUCACAAAAAGCACUCAAACUCUCUAUCCUAUAGAAGACAGACUGUUAAUGACAUAGACUCCAUUAGCCUAACAACUGAUGAUCUAUUAAAACUUCCAGCAGAUGGAUCGUUUUCUUUCACUUAUGUUGGACCAAGUCAUCGAAUGGUUAAGAAAAACAAGAAGUUCAUUAGAAGACUGGAUUUGUUUGACACUGAAAAGAAUUCAGAUUUUCAAGACCCCUCCACUUCCGUGGACAAGGAUACCUUAGUCACUCCUGUUGUGUGCACAAAUAGAAAUGGAAAGCAAAGUGGUGACAAAAUUGAACUGCUUAUCCUGAAGGCCAAGAGAAAUCUAGAGCAGUGUACUGAAGAAUUACCAAAGUCUGUGGAAAAGGAUGGCAGUCCUUGCUCAUUAGACAAACUUGAAGCAGAAAGAUCAUGGGAAAAUAUUCCUGUUACUUUCAAAGCUCCUGUUCCUGUUCCCUCUGAUGAUAGUCCUCAACACACUUCAGGGGCAAAGUGUGCUAAAGGAGUUCUUGAGGACUUUUUAAACAGUGAUGAUCAGACCUGUACUCUUUCUGGAGGCAAACAUCAUGGUCCUGUUGAAGCCCUGAAACAAAUGUUAUUCAAUCUUCAAGCAGUACAAGAAAGUUUUAAUCAGAAUAAAACCACAGAGCCAGAAAAAGAGACUAUGCAAGUUUCAGAAGAUGAUUUCUCUAAAUUACAGUUGAAAGAAAGUAUGAUUCCUAUUACUAGGUCACUUCAAAAGGCUUUGCACCAUUUAUCUCGCCUGAGAGACCUAGUUGAUGAUUCCAGUGGAAAACAGUCACCGAAAAUGUGAAGAGGAAAAUAAAAUCUUCACCACAACAAAUAGUCACCAUGGAACAAAUAUGUAUUUUUUUCUGUUACUUAAACUGACAAAGUAAUUAUAAGCAAUAUAUUA